AUGAUAACGCGGUAUCUUCUAACCAUAAAGCAUAACACGUUACAUCGGGGGUUUUGUACAUCCCGGCCGUCUUCCAAUAUUUUCGAAAAAGUCAAACAUUUUUUACUCGCUGAAGAGCGAGAAAACUUCGAUUCUGACAAUAUUCGAAAAGCACACAAGAAAGAUGGAGUAGACGAAGAAAAGUGGACGUUAAUUUACAGAGAUAUUGGAGCUUCACGAACAUUCUACAUGACCGCUGCUUUUCUUCCUUGUUUCAUCAUAGGCUCCGCAGUCUUCGUAGUCGAUAUCAACACGAAUAGCCCAUCAAACCGGUUCGAUUUUGUGCAAAAAUUAGUGAAUGAUGCAGAAGAGUUAGGAUCUCUCGUUGUACUACCCUCAGUGGCUUUAGCUCUUGUCAUCGUGUUCUUGGCUCGUGUCCAACAAUUGCGGCUGAUUAGGAUAUAUCAAAACAAAACAAAUACUGAAGAGUUCAUGGCGAUACGAUCAAAAUAUAUGAUCACUCAGUUCAAGGAAACAUUUCGGAGAGAUGAGACGACCGGAUUCUAUUUUGCAGAAGACCAGACAGACGGUGCACGUGUCGCUCUUCAUUUUCUCUUCGGAAACAUUCAGAUCGGAAAUCGAAAAUUUAUGAUCAUGGAUGAUAUGUUUAGAGCAAAUAAUUAUAGGUCUUACAUGUUAAAUGAAACUAGUGUUCCUCCAAGGUUAUAG